AUGUUUUUUCCGUCCACGUCAUUUCCUUCUAGAAUUCUUCCUUCUUCUUCAGUUAUGAUGCUUCAUGAGCAAGCUACUCUUGCAGUUUCUUCUUUACCUUCUAGUUUUACUGCUCAUUGUUUUCCUACCUCAGUUCUUCUGCAAGAGCAUGGCGAAGAAUAUAGGCCAAUACUUCAUAUGCAUAAAGAAGACAAGACACCCCAGGUUCAGGCAGCCUUAAAUACAAGGGCAAUGGAUGUGAUGUUAGUUCCAGAGAAAAACAAUGUUGGCGAUGUUGAUGAGUCGGCAGAUAACUCUAUGCGGGAAUUGCAUCUUCGGUGUCAUUUACAGAACUUAUUGGCUUCUUCGACGGAAGAGGAUUUUGUUUUUUCUUCUUCUUCUUCUUCUUCAACUAUGCAGCCUGCUGAUGAUUUCCAAUGGAAUGCACUUUCUCUUGCCAAGCAAGCCCUAUCAGCCUCAAAACAGGCCGCUGUAGUGGCUGAAGAGUUGAAAUUGAUUAAAAUUGACGAUGGUAAUGAUUCAUCACCUCUCGGUUUGGCUGACUCUUCAAUUGGAAAGAAUAAAAUCGUGAAGUCAACACGGCUUAAAGAAAGGCAAUCUAUACAGAGAAAAGUCUCAAACUCAAAAAUUCUGGACGAAGAAAGGUUCCUUACAAAAAAAUCUGAUGCACAGAGAAGGUUACAAGUAGAGAAAAAGUUAAAAGGGCUUGGAGGAAAUGAUGCUUUGCGCUUGUUCUUAUGGAGUCCUGAAACAAAGCAACGUUUGAACCUUGAAGAAGAGUCUCAAUUGAUUGCUCAGAUACAGGAUUUAUUUAAAUUGAAAGAAACAAAGAUCAAGCUUCAGUCUCAGUUUGGGAGAGAACCAACUUUGUACGAAUGGGCAGACUGUGUAGGCCUAAGCUGCCGUGUCCUUCAGGCACGGCUUCGAUCUGGUAAUAAAAGCAAAGAUAAGCUGAUUCAUGCCAACUUACGCCUGGUAGUUCACGUUGCUAAAUAUUAUCUGAAGCGUGGUCUCAACUUUCAGGACUUAUUGCAGGAGGGAAGUAUGGGCCUUAUGAGGAGUGUCGAAAAGUUCAAACCCCGACCUGGUUGCCGGUUCAGUACUUAUGCUUACUGGUGGAUAAGGCAAACAAUAAGGACGGCCAUAUAUCUGCAUUCCAAAACAGUUCGUCUUCCGGAGACUUUUUACAUCCUUUUGGGUAAAAUCGCGAAAGCAAAGAAAUCGUACAUUAAAGAAGGAAACCUUAACCCUACCAAAGAAGAAAUAGCAAGCCGAGUAGAAAUCACAGUAGAUAAGUUGGAAAUGUUGCUAUUUUCUACAAGAACUCCGCUUUCGAUAGAGCGAGCUGUUUGGUCCGACCAGAACACAACUUUCCAGGAGAUUACUGCAGACUCUUCAAUUGAGAUCCCAAGCGUAAGUGUUGCAAAACAACUAAUGAGGAGCCAUGUACGCAGCAUCCUAAACACAUUAAGCCCAAAGGAAAGAAUGGUAAUCAGAUUGAGAUUUGGUAUUGAAGAUGGCUAUGAGAAAUCUCUGUCAGAAAUUGGCAAGGUGUUGGGUGUGUCUAAGGAAACGGUCAGACAGAUAGAGAGCAAAGGAUUGGACAAGUUCAAGCACUGCCUUGUUGAUCAACAGCUUGAUAUGUAG